UCGCUCCAGACGCCGGAAAAAAUGUCUGGGAAGUGGGCGAGUUAUCGCAGUGCCAAAUUCUGGGUUCCACUUUGGAAAAGAGCAAUUCCACGGUAUCCUCUCUACUGGAAAGGGAAUCCCCAGCAUCGGAUCUUCUUGCCUCUGUUUUGGAUGAAGAUGGUUAAAACUGUUCACAACAGACCGAAGGACACUGUUGUCUUUGAAUGUCAUCCACAGAUGACUUCCCUGGACAUCAAACAAUACCUAAAGAAGAUUUAUGGUGUAGAUGUUUUAGGUGUAAAAACUGGCCUAAAUAAAGCACCAAUAGAAAAACAUCCCCUUUGGAAUUUUGAAUACCCGAGGGGACCCGAAAUAAAAAGAGCAUAUGUCCAAUUGAGGGACACAGAAUUUGAAUUUCCAGACAUAUUUGCAGAAAAUAAACCACCUGAGGAAAAACAGGUUGAAGAUUUUCAGAAAGUUGUGGCGGAGACAAUUAAAGAGAAGAAUAAGGCGAUGGAAAAAACAUCGAUUCCGACGUGGUUUAGAUAGUGUUGUGCAUAUAUCUUUAGUUGACUUUAAUCUCAAUUUGCGGUGCCAGUGAGGAGAACAUGUAUCUGGUGAACUAGUCUCAACACUGAGAGUCUUGUUAGUGUCGACUCAUAGUUUCCGUUAGUGUCAACCCAUAUUUCAGAGAUAAUGAGUAAUUCUGCAAUAUUGCUUUGGCACUUAUAAAAUCAGUUAUCUUGUGAUGGAAACAACUGUUGACGUUGUCCUGGUAUGGAUGGAGACAGUGACUUUUCUCGGAGUGCUCGAACAUACAACCGAGGCCUUACUUUGUAUGCUGUACAGUGGAACCUCUGUUAGCGGACACCUCUCUAUUAAGGACAACCUCUCUAUUAAGGACAGCACUUGUCAGUCCCGAGGGUGUCCUUAUCAGAGAGGUUCUACUGUAUUACCAAAAAUGUAAAAGCCAACAAACCUUUAAAGUUGUCGGUAUUACUGAAAAUUGUAACAUUGGUUGGACAUGUUUGAUAGUGAUAUUUAUGUGAAUAUACAAAUUUCUUUG